AUGCGUUGGAAUAAAUGUGUAAAAUCAACCCUGAUUUUGGUAUUUCUAACAACCAAAUCACUCCUAAACAACUGUAAAUGUCAUAACAACAACAGUAAUAGUAGUAGUAACAAUGAUACAUUGGGAGGAGCUGUGAGUUCAGUGCCUGUGGGUUUUACGCAUGUGCAAGAUUCUAAUUCUGGAUCCCCGCAAUCACAGGAAAACAUUAAACAACAUAAGAAUUACACGCCUCUCACCUUCUCAGGAUCGAAAGUGCCUGUGUGGGACUAUGGUAGGCAUGGAUCGGAUUGGACGCAUGGUAUGUGUAGUGCUGGAUUAAAGCAAUCACCUGUGGAUUUGCAUGUGGAGGGUUUAAGUGAGAACUUUCCAAAUAAUUUAAAAUCGGUUUACGACUCUGUGUUACGCGGUGAGGCCCCGGACUUAUCCAACCCUUGGAAACGGGGCGACGUGGUUUAUUCUUAUAAUCAUUACUUGUCUACAGUUCAGCUGCUGAGGUCACCAAAUGUGUUUAGAGUUACAGUGCCGCAAAAUGAAGGCUCGACUUUUGGCGCACUGUUUACCACUGAUAAACCCAGUCUCUACUUGGCCACUCAUAUCGACUUUCACUCACCCAGUGAACAUACCUUCGACGGGUCUGCCAAUCGCAGACAAAUUGAAAUGCAAAUCUGGCACUAUCUCAGUGAUUCACCCUCCAGUGAUCUCGGAAUCGGGUCCAUAGACUCCCCCGACACCACCGAUGUCAAUAUGCUCAUCACUAAAGCCAUCAAAAAACCAAACUCAGGUUCUACCACUAGUAGUAGUAGUAAUACCCUUAGCAGCAGUAAUGGUAGUAGUAGCAGCAAUAGUACUAGCAGCAGCAGUAGUAGUACCACGGGUACUCUUGGUGCUACAAGUCAUAAUACUACAGCUAAGAGUACGGGUGUUGUUACUACGAAUAGUAGUGUAAGUAGUGGAAAUAAUGUGAAAUCAGUUGAUUUAUCACAUUUGAAUCUUCAAACUAAUACUCCAGGCAAAUCUAGUCAUAAAUCCGGUGUUACUACGGUGCGCUCAACUAAUUUGGAUGAGGAUGAGCAUCCUGAAUUCUAUUAUGAAUCUGACGACCACCCGAGUAUGGUCCAGUUAUCGGAUGAUUUACACCCGCUGAACUCUGGGCGAUCCUCGAGUUACAAGAAAUUACUUGAAAACGACCGUUACGACUUGUUUAACAAAUAUUUGCUGACGCACUUGAAUAACUCUGCGAAUAACCUGAACAGUGAGCAGGUGCACAUACGGGAAAAGCGAAUGGCUAGGGAAAAGGGUACGCAUUGGGGCAGGUGGGCUGUGAUAUCACUGACUUUUAUGAGUGAGGAGAUUGAGAAAACUAACAUUGAGAGUCUGAAGACGUUCCCUUCAGAACGGUUCAUGAGUGAAGUUUUCAAGGCUGGUUCCUCAGUCCCCGUGACUGAGAAUGACAAUUAUCCUUCAGUUGGAGAUUUAAACACUAACCACGUGGAAACGCCUUUACCCGUUGUGGAUCUCGACACUCCUCUGAACUUGUCCUCGUUGUUCAUGAUGCUAGAGGUGAAGAACGUGAAUUACUUCGCGUACGACGGGUCCUUCACGCAGCCUGGCUGUGAGGAAACUGUCAGGUGGUAUGUGGCCAAGGAAUCGUUGCCAAUCUCCACUGAACUCAUGCUUCAAAUCCAUCGCAUGCUUAACCCGAACCCUCACGAACAAAACCCUAACAACUACGUCGACAACUACAGAGAACUACAAAACGUUAAUAAUAAAUGCAGAAACCUAGGCAAAGUACGGUUUGUACACGGGUACCCUAUGGAAUACUUUGUCAUCUCACCAUUCUCACAUGAACACACCGUUUCAUCCUUUAACACUAAUCACAUUCAACUACUUCUAAUCAUAACAAUACUACUAAUCUUUUACUAAUCU